AUGGGCUCAGACAAGCGCAAGAAAUUGGCGAAGACACGCGAGACGAGCGAGGCCAAGGUGCUGGCAGAGAGAGAAGCUAGCGCCGCAGCGCGCGAAUCAGAACCUCCCUACCCAACGCCAGAUCCAUCCUUAGAUGACGAAAGCACAACGACGACGGCAAACACAGUAACAUCCAAGGUGGACGAACUCAUGCAAACGUACCACAACAGCAAGAUGGGCGAACAAAAGGACAAUGCUCUCGCCUACAUAAUGUAUGCUGCCGGGGACGAAAUGUAUGCACAUUCUUCCACGAACGACUGGAGACUACAACAUGUCAUUGAGGCCGUCACCGCUGCACUUAAAGACGUGAAUACUGUCACCACUACCGAGGAGAAUGCAAACCACCAUGUCCAGCGGCGGAUCCAGUCCAAAUCUGAACCUAGCGCGCUACCUCCCCAUGCCCAUAUCCACGCCAAGGAUGCUGAGGAAGCUUCGGAUAGUCCAGUCCUCCGUCGUCUGAGCCAAUACCCAAAAUGGAACAGCGAAUCUUGCUCGUGGCAAGCGUGGUAUCAAGGGCUCUACAGGGCGUAUCAUGAUGAUUGUGCGGCGGGCCUUGACCCUGCCAAUCACGCCCAUGCUUUGGCGGCGUGGAAUGUCAUUUUGGACAAGGUGCCGCAGCAUGUGAUGGUGGCGCUGUUGAGCGAGGGAAUCUUGAACCCGGAGCAGCCGAAUCCGAGUUUGCUGUUGACUGCUUUGGACAAGCUUAUCGGUUUGGGGAUGUAAUUGAAGCUCAGGCAUCAUGCUUGAGUCUAGAUUUUCGUCAGCUUCCGAAUGGUGAUGCAGGGACAGGUUGGAACGUCAUUGUUGAUUUCACUGCGAGGAAGGUUGUUGGGCUUUUGGUUCGUUGGAGAGGAUUUUGUUUCUGGCUUUCUGGUUUGCCGAAUUUGUGGUUGAGGUCGAGAGUAUCUUGGAAACAGGUUAUCCGGUAUCGGGGGCAUAAACGAUGUUGAUGGAUUUGACAUUCAACUUGAAGAUGCCCGUCGCCAAAUCAAACGGUGAUUCAAUGAUCACAGGAGUAUGGAGGAGAAACAGG